ACACAUCUUCCAUCUAUCUGCACGAAAGACCUGAAGACAAUAGUUUCUGCCUCUCCUGACACACAAAGAUGUCUGCAGCUCUGACUCUCCUUCUCAUUGGUUCUCUGCUGCAAGGUGCCCUGUGUGGAGAGUUUAAGGCGUCUAUACCGAAGACUAUAAAGGUUCUUAAAGGAUCCUGUGUGACCAUCCCCUGCUCCUUUGAGAUAGAGGACAAAUACAAUGCACACUUAGAUAACACAUGUAGAGCAAUAUGGAGAAUUGAUCAGAAGACUGUGUUUGACAGCAGUAAUCCACAAACAAGUACAAUAAAGGGAGAACUGAGAGGAGACUUGAGAAGAAAAGACUGCACCACAACCCUGAACAACAUGCAACCUGAUAACAGCAAUAACUAUUUCUUCAGGCUGGGAUGUGACAAUGACCUGAAAUAUAAUUUUGCUGAUCAAAUCUCUAUUUCAUUCACAGAUGUUCCUCCCAGACCGACUCUGACUCCGUCAGCACUGAAGGUGAAGGAGGGAACCUCGGUGAGUUUGAUGUGCUCUGCUGCAGCUCCCUGUCUGUCUCAUCCUCCAACUGUGACAUGGACCCCCGACCUGGGUGAGAGUGUGGAGACACUGCAGGAGAAUCAGGACAAAACUAAAGUCAAGACCUCUGUUGUGACCUUCACUGCCUCUCAAAACCAUCAUGGAAAGACAAUCUCCUGUACGGCCUCCUACAACAAACAAGAUGGCAGCACUGAGUCAGCUGUUAGUACAAGUUUAACAGCUGAUAUUUCAUGUGAGUUCAUUUAUCCUCAUUCAUCGUAA